AUGGAGCGGGUAAUUGAGCUCUACCAGCCUGCUGUGAACUCGACAUGGAAAGAGGAGUUUCCAUCAUUUGAGGAUUUAUUGCAGCAAGUUGGUGCAUCUGACAUUCCACUACAUUUUAUAGCCACGAUUGAAGUUCUAUACCAUGCAGCUGCCAUUAUAUCCUGUCGCUCAGCAAGUCCAGAUGGUGUUUCUCCAACCUCAGAGUCCAAGUUGCGCCAAAGCUUCUCAGCAUCUAGGGUGACCUCUAUAGUGGGCGAGGAGAUCCACAAUGAGUUGCGCUUGUUCCCGAUUGUUCCCUAUGCAGUCGCUCUAUCCUUACGGGUAUCAUAUCAAACUUUGCAACAGAGCAAAGCGCAGAUCUUCCAAGCAAGGGCACGGAAGCAGCUCGUUUUGAACUGUCAAAUUCUCAAAGAGCUUGGGAAGGUCUUCUACUCGGCCUCGCUCAUGGCCGAUCUGGGUGAAUACCUCAUUGACAGAAGAGAUGGUCAGACAGCAGCAGGUGGAGAUGGAAUGCCAGAACGGAAUGAUGGGCCUAAUCUCCUCACUAGAAUGAAUAUUGAUAAUUCGCUCCCUGGAAAUUCUGCAAUGCAAAGUAAUCAACAAGCGGAAACAGAGCCUUUCCAAACACCAUACCAGCCAUUCGAAACAGGAUUCUUUGAUUCCAUGUCGACAUUAGGCAUAUUUGACAACUUCGAUCUCGACUCUGGAAUUUUCGGUUCGAUGAACCAGGGAUCUGCAUGA